AUGAUAAGGCCCACCCAGGAGGGAGCUAAAAGGUGCCAUUGUUCUGGUUGUCUUCAUAAAGAGAGCUGCCCCGUUUCUCCCAGCACAGAGUUGGGGGAACAAACCCUGAGCCUCCUCCAAAAUGCUGCUGGUCCUGCUCUCAGUGGCCUUGCUGGCCCUGACUACAGCUGAGAGCGUGAUUGAAGAUAAAGCAAAGUGGAGAGAAGAUGUCCUGUCUGAAGAGUCUCCUCUCCUGUUACCAGAUGUAAGGAAACCAAGCCACAAGCCAGACAAACCCCAGGGACCACCUCCUUCUGGAGCACCCCCCGGAAAACCACCACGUCCUUCUGGAGCGCCCCCGGGACCACCACCACCACCUCCUUCUGGAGAGCCCGCGGGAGAAGCACCACCACCACCUCCUUCUGGAGAGCCCGCGGGAGAAGCACCACCACCACCUCCUUCUGGAGAGCCCGUGGGAGAAGCACCAGCAGCUCCAGAAAACUCUGCCCAAGAAGAGCCAUCCCAGUAAUCUAAAAUGCAGUGACAGAGUGAAUAAGAAGACAACAAUCUAUGAAGAAGCUCUGAUACUCGAGCAAUCUUAUCAUAACUUUAACUUGGAUAAUCCAAUAAAAUAAUCAGCAUGCAA